AUGUCUUCUGCUUCCUUGCUCACGCAAAAAGCCUCCUCGGCCACGUUCGGUGGUCUCAUCAAGGGCCAACGAAAGAUCUCAUCUUUGCGAUCUUCGUCCAAAAAGACCAUCACGAAAGCGGCGGUGUCGGUGCCGACGACGCUUAAAACCGGCGUGGUGACUGGCGCAGAUUUCAUCGACGUGAUGAACCACGCGAGACACCACGGGUACGCCAUCCCUGCGGUGAACUGCACCAUGUCUUCGGUGACGAACGCGUGCUUGGAAGCGGCGAAAGUGGCCAACGCGCCGAUGAUUAUUCAAUUCAGUCACGGCGGGGGCUUGAACUUUGCCGGGAAAGGGUUGUCGAACGAGGACCAAAAAGCAGCCGUGACUGGGUGCGUGGCGGAAGCGUUGCGAGUUCGCGAGUUGGCGAAACUUUACGGCGUUCCGGUGAUUUUACACACCGAUCACUGCGCGAAGAACUUAUUGGGGUGGUUCGACGGCUUGUUGGAAGCGAACGAGAAGUAUUUCAAAGAACACGGAGAGCCGUUGUUUACCAGCCACAUGUUGGACUUGUCCGAAGAACCGAUCGAGGAGAACUUGGAGAUUUGCCAAAAGUACUUGAAGAGAAUGAAGGCGAUCAACUGCUUUUUGGAGAUGGAGAUUGGGAUCACCGGCGGCGAGGAAGACGGCGUCGAUAACAGCGACGUCGCGCCGGAAGAUUUGUACUCCAAGCCGGAAGAGAUUCACGACGUGUACAAGGCUUUGCAACCGAUUGCGCCGGACUUUUACUCGAUUGCCGCGGCGUUCGGUAACGUCCACGGUGUCUACGCGCCGGGUAACGUCAAGUUGACGCCGACCAUUUUGGGCAACGCGCAAAAGUACAUCAUCGAAAAGGAAGGCAUCACCGGCCAAGAAAAACCGGUGUACUUUGUCUUCCACGGCGGGUCUGGCUCGUCUAGAGCGGAAAUCCGUGAGGCUAUUUCCUACGGUGUCAUCAAGAUGAACAUCGACACGGACACCCAGUGGUCCAUGUGGGAAGGCGUUCGCGAUUACGAGGCGAAGAACAACGGGUACUUGCAAACGCAAAUCGGUAACCCGGAAGGCGCGGACAAGCCGAACAAGAAGUUUUACGAUCCGAGAGCGUGGAUGCGCUCCGCGGAGUUGGCCACGGUGAAGAGAUUACAAGGCGCGUACGAGGAUUUGAACGCGAUUGGCGCGUGCGCCAAGUAA